CUGCUGAUGUCAUUUGUUUUGCUCUGUACCGGAAGAGCUGCUGUGACAUCACAGGGAAACUCAGCUGGACGAGCAGAAAACAAACAAACUCAAGCAUAAUCAUAAUCAUCAUCAUCAGCAUCACCAUCAUCAUCAUCAUCAUCAUCAGUGAGUGACUGCUGUCAUUCGACAACAACGGGCUUCUUUAAACCGUCCGAUCAUUUCCGCAGCAGUGUGGAACUGCACACAAAAAUGUGAGCAGGUUCACUUUCUGUUUGCAUUUUUGUGUCAAGAUGGCUGAUGAUUUGGUCUCCGGUACGGCUGGAGCCGCUCAGCCCUGUGCGAAGCAGAAAUACCGCAGUAAUGCCCAUUCACAGGGUCUGUUAGACGGGCUCCUGAUGCUGCGACAGGGGGGGAUUCUGUUUGAUGUGGUGCUCUUGGUGGAAGGAAAACCCAUCCAGGCUCACCGUAUUCUCCUCGCGGCCUCGUGUGACUAUUUCAGGGGUAUGUUUGCCGGCGGUUUGCGGGAGAUGCAGCAAACCGAGAUCCCCGUUCACGGAGUCACAUACAUGGCGAUGAUGAAACUGCUGGACUUCAUCUACACCUCUGAGCUGGAGCUGGACCUGGACACGGUACAGGAAGUGCUGUGUGCGGCCACUCUGCUGCAGGUCCAAGAUGUGAUCGGCUUCUGCUGUGACUUCCUGUUCUCCUGGCUGGAUGAUGACAACAUCCUAGAGGUGGAAAAGCUGGCCGACAUAUACGGGCUGAACCAGCUCGGGGAGAAAAUCCGCUCAUAUCUGCUUAAGAACAUCCAGACUUUCUCGCGUACGCCCGUGUAUCGAAAGCUUCCUGCGGAAAAGAUCCUGAGUGUCCUUUCCAGCAACGAGCUGGAGGUGAGCUCGGAGAACGAGGUGUUUGAAGCUGCCCUGCACUACCAUUACACCCCUGAACAGGUGGAGAAGGAUGAGGUUUGCUUACAGGAUUCAUUGCGGAUGUUGGAAGCGGUGCGGUUCUGUCUGAUGGAGAAGCAUGUGUUGCAGCGCUUGCACAGCCGAUUAAAACAGUGCCCGCUGCGGGACUCAGUGGCCGCCGCUCUACGUUACCACAGUCAGGAGCUGUGGCAGCCGGUGAUGCAAACCCCACUCACUCAGCCUCGCUGCAGCUCCCAGUGCAUUCUGGGAUUUGGUGGCAUGUAUUCAUCUAGCGCACUGGUGGACAAUGAAGAGCGGUUCCAGGUGUUCCACCCCUCCUGGGGGGAGUGGCGUAGUCUGGCUGCAGACCGCGCUCCUCGCAUGUCCAACAUGGGCAUUGCGGUGCUUAAUAACUUUGUGUACUUGAUUGGUGGAGACAAGAACACCAGCGGCUUCCGCGCUGAAUCUCGAUGCUGGCGAUACGAUCCCCGCCACAACAGCUGGUGUACUAUCGAGCCUUUACGGCAACAGCAUGCGGAUCAUUGCGUCUGUGUGGUUGAUAAAUACAUCUAUGCCAUUGGAGGACGAGACUACACCAAUGAACUGCACUGUGUGGAGCGCUACAACCCACAAACCAACACCUGGGAAUAUGUGGCGCCGCUGAAACGAGAGGUAUAUGCCCACGCUGGAGCAGUGAUUGAUGGGAAGAUCUACAUAGCAUGUGGCCGGCGGGGAAUGGCUUAUCUAAAGGAGACCUACUGUUACGAUCCCAGCGGCAAUCACUGGAGCAUGUGUGCCGAGGGCCCGGUGGAGCGCGCGUGGCACGGCAUGGCAGCAGUUAAUGGCCGCGCUUAUGUCAUUGGAGGCAGCAACGAUGGUUGCGGUUACCGUCGAGACGUCCUCAAGGUGGCGUGCUACAACCCAACAGCAGAUGUGUGGUCUGUGGUGAGCCCGUUGCCUGCUGGGCAUGGAGAGCCAGGUGUGGCCGUCCUCGAUGGAAGCAUCUACAUCCUGGGCGGAAGGUCGCACGAUAAGGGCAGUCGGAUGAAGUACGUUCACAUUUAUAACGCACAGGAGGACCGAUGGGAGAGCGGAACAGCCCUCGAGGACCGUGUAUCGGGGAUUUCAGCAUGUGUCUUGCUUUUGCCACAAGCAGCCAUGGCCCAGGCACGCAGCUGGGAGCAAAGGGCUAAAGCGUCAUGGGAAGAGGUAGAAUGGGAUGACUCGGACAACUCGAGCGAGGACUGAUGGCUUUAGUGCUGCUCAGGUAGGCUGUGAAGUUGAGAAGUUAGGGAAUUGUGUGCUUUAUUAAAAUCAAGUUUUGAGGGUGUUAUAAUACGAUUUUAGAUUGAACAGUAUGUGUAACCCAUCAGUGUGGAGAUUGUGAAGUCUUUGUUUGUCGCCUGUCUAGUAACUCAAGAUAAGUUCUGGUUUAGAUUAUCUCCAAAUCCCUCUCUUUCCUGUUUGUGGGUUAAUUUUACUGACUCUUUUAGGUUGUUUUUGUCAUUCUGAAGAUUUUCUUUCUGUUUUAUGUCCAGAACUAUGGGAAACUGGUGGGGAUGCAAACACUGUACGUGCACUUUACAAAUACAGGUGAUUUGAUUUUGUUUAUAAUGAUGGUGCCUUUAUUUUACAGAUGUGUUUUGGUAAGUCCAAUGCCUUUUUUAUUAAUAGAUUUGAAUUAAGUGCAAUAACAUUUUUCAAAAGAGUAAAGGAAAUGAAGGCUCUAGUGCAGGGGUCGGCAACCUUACGCACACAAACCACCAGUGACGCAGUAAACAUUCACACAAGCGUGAAAAUGGACAAUAUGAUGGAAAUUUUAACUAGUUGUUUAUGUUGUGAAUGUGAAUGAUCCAGGGCCAAGCUGCAAAUGAAAGUAAAAAUAGUAAUCUAACCUUAGCUCAUAUAAAUGGUAUGCGUGAGUCAAAUUAGGGCUGCAUGAUAUUGGAAAAAAAUUGACAUUGCAAUAUUUUGUUUUUCUGCAGUAUGAAACAAAUUCACCAGAUGACUUGAAUAGAAUUAAUUCUAGGAUGAUUGGGGUGAUUUUGUAGGUGAGCAAAUAUGCAUAGAAAAUAAUGAACUAUUACACACAUAGAUAAAUAUAACAGAACAAAGAUACAAAUGAAAUAGUGCUUUAUAUAUUUCAGGUAAGCCUAACAGUAUUCAGGUACAGAAAUUGAAUAAUCAAAUGUAAAAAUAAUCUUCUCUGUAUAAAUUAAAUAUAAUUAAUCAGUGUUAAAGCUACAAAAUAGAUUUUUCUCUUUGUCUUUUGUUGUUUGAUUAACAUUCAUGACACAGAAAGCAGCAGGAAUAUUAGGCUGCUGUCACUUUAAGACGAGGAUAGUUUAUCUUUUUUGUGCAUUUUGACAUUUUUUUUUUUUUUUUUUUAGCAUGUAUGUGUCUAUUGUGUGUGGCACAAAUAGAUGCAGAAGAGAACGGCAUUCGGUGUUCACGUGCAUCUGUGUGUGCACAGAAACCAGCUGCACGUUCAGAAUUGAGUUCUCUUUUGCAUCUUCAUGCACUCAAAUGGUUUAAAAUCGCUUGAAUGUGUCAACUGGCAGGACCUAAAACACGCUCAAAUGAUAAACUCUCAUUGAACGAUGGUCAAACUUUACAAUUAAUCCGCAAAUCACGUACGUUUUGGACUGUGGUGUCUGGUAUGGAUUAACGAUCCCUAUACUUGACAUCGCACAUCGCGAUUUUGAUGCUAAAACGAUAUAUAUCGUGCAGCCCUAAUUCAAAUGAAACUGCCUACUAAAUAAAACAUCUAUCACGACUCAUGCCAAGUAUCAAAAUUAAAAGCCACAAAAGCAACAUUAUGAGGAACAAAUAAGUAGGGAUGCACAAUAUAUCAGUCACAAUAUCGGAAUCGGACAAUAUAUGUUCAUUUUUAAUAUUAUCGUUAUUGGCCCAAUAAGAAAAUUUGGCCGAUAAAUAAUGGAUUAUUUCCUUCAGCUGAGACACUUCAGAUGUGCACUGUUCACCAUGAUGGUUUUAAAUUACCUGGAAAUCACUUCAAAAAUGAAAAUACAGUUAAGUGCAACAUGUACAGCGCUAGUCUGUCAUAUAGACUCCAUAAUAUUAUAAUUGUGUGCUUGGGGCAUGGCUUAUAAUGGUGAGAAUUUUGUUUUUGUAAUCAGACUUGCAAAAAUUAUAUACAAUUUUGGAUUUAGAUUUAUCAGCCAAUAUAUCGGUUAUCGGCUUUCAAAUAUAAAGAAUUAUCGGUUAUCGGUAUCAGCCAAAACUUUCAUAUCGGUGCACUCCUACAAAUAAGUAUGAUUUCUGAAGGAUCACGUGACACUGAAGACUGGAGUAAUGAUGCUGAAAAUUAAAAAAAAUUUAAAAAUGUAUUCAAAUAGAAAACAGUUAUUUUGAAUUCAAAUAUUAUUUUGCAGUAUUACCCCUGGUGAGCAGAAGAGACUUCUGAACGGUUGUGUAUAUGCAAACAGAGAAAGAAUUCCGUCACAGUGGUUACCAAAAUAAAUGAAAACUUACGCUUUAUGUCAGAAAGGUUGCCGACUUCUGCCCUAAUGAAUGCUGAAUUGCUGGUAUGUUGGCCGUUGGAUUGCUCCAAAGAGAAAUCAAUAACAAUUGUAAAAGUUAGGCUGGGUUAUGGGCUAGUUAGUAUAACGUGAACUGUUAUUCAAGUGUUCCUCUGGUGUCUUCUGCAAUGUAAAAGCGAUUCUGUUCUGUUCAGAAUUCCUUGUAAUAUUAUGCACUGAUAUAAAGCACUGCUUCUUACUGUUGGCUUUUCCUUUUAUUUAUUUGCUAUCUUCAAUAUAUCAGACUUAUUGCCUCUUUAAACUGUCAACACUUAAUUUCUGAUUUGUUUGACCCUGUUGAAUGUCAUAAUCAGGAUCAUCAGCAUAUUAAAUCUGAAAAUCAUUGAUUUUCUUAUUUUUAAUAAACGAUUUGCAGAAUAUAUUAUAUAUGACAAAAUGAUAUAAAUGUACAUUCACUCUUACCUUCAUGGUACAAUACUUUAUUUUGAAAAUAGGUAUUGGGAUUGCUGCAAUUGCUAAGACUAACUGUAUUUCUUCUAAUAUAUUGGAAAUGCAUUUCACAUUUUAACUGCAUUAUUACCAACUUGCAAUGUCAAAGUUCAUGAAUGAUCACAUUGUCAAUAAAGAGCAAUGGAUUGUA